AAUAAAUCUCUCUCCAUAAUUAAAAUUACAAUGACUCAAACAGCAAUUGGUUAUCUGGCAAAUUGUGCAUAACGUCAGGCAGGAGACAGUACCAGCUCAACGAAGGAAUUUACGAAUAAUCGCUUGGUCUUUCAUUCAUAUUUCAAGAUGCCUAUGAUUAAACUACAGAGUUCAGAUGGAGAGGUGUUUGAAGUUGAUGUUGAGAUUGCUAAACAAUCUGUCACUAUUAAAACCAUGUUAGAAGAUUUGGGUAUGGAUGAGGAUGAAGAUGAACCUGUCCCACUACCUAAUGUUAAUGCUGCUAUAUUAAAGAAGGUAAUUCAAUGGUGUACCUUCCAUCGGGAUGACCCUCCACCACCUGAAGAUGAUGAAAACAAAGAAAAAAGAACAGAUGAUAUCUGCUCCUGGGAUGCAGAAUUUCUUAAAGUUGACCAGGGCACCUUGUUUGAGUUGAUUUUGGCUGCCAACUACUUAGAUAUCAAAGGCUUGCUUGAUGUAACUUGCAAAACUGUAGCAAAUAUGAUCAAAGGGAAGUCCCCAGAGGAAAUCAGGAAAACUUUUAACAUUAAAAAUGAUUUCACACCAGCAGAGGAAGAACAAGUAAGAAAGGAAAAUGAGUGGUGUGAAGAAAAGUAGAUCAGAAUACUCCGGCCAGAGCAUCACAGUACCCAAUAAUACCUUUUUUAAAUUAAGUUUUAUUAUAAUGUGAUAACACUCAGACUUAAUCUUGUUGUUUACCUUGUAUAUAAGUGAGGUGUGUGAGUUGACUUGGACCGUGAGCUUUGUAAUUUAUUUGUUGGUUUUUUUAAAAUUAGGUAUGCAACAAUUUUAGGAGAGAAAGGCAUUAUUAAACACUUAAAUUAUUUUGAGAAAGCUUCUAACAUUAAAGUUUCUGUUGAGUUUUCCAUCCUUGAUGAGUUUAUUGCAAUGUUGAUUUAGAUUUCUUUUACGCAUUUUUAGUUUUCACCUACUAAACCAAUGACCAAUAUUGCUUUAGUUGAAUAAAAUUGAAAUAAAAAUUUUGAAAAAUCAGGUUUUGCUUGGUUUUACCUUUAUGAAUCCUUUAAAAAAAGUUUUUUUAAGCUCUUAAUGGUUUCUUAAAUGCUUGUUUUACCCGUUAACUAAAAUUUGGAAAAAUGUUUGUAUUACUAUAUAACUACCAGAAAGUAUAGUUAUUGGUUAUGAGAUCUGCAUUAUUUAAGAGAUUGAUCUUUACAGUUUGUUAAUCAUUUUAAAUAUUUUGUCUGUUGUGUCUAGCCUUAACAUUUUUGUUAUCACCCUUCACAAACUAAAUGUAAAUAAACAAAAUGAAAUCUAAAAUGUAUCAUACAUUUUUUUCCUUCAUUAACUAAGUAGACUAUUAGACAUGGUUUCUUUUUCAAUUACUUUUGACAUAUUUCUUUCAGAAUUUCAUAGAGAAUUAAAAAAUAAUUGUGCAGAACUUUCUUCUAUUGAUUUAAAAAAAACUGCAUGGAUUUUUAUUUUAUGAUAAAAUUUUUUGGCUUCUUUGUAGCACCAUUUUUUUCUUACCUUGAGUAAAAGCAGUUUGUUAUAAAUCUCACCAUUCAUACACAAGUAUUUUUGUAACCAAGAGAUGCAUUUUCUAUCUUCAAAAAAUAUCACAAGGCUUUUUAAAUGUUGCAAUCAUUUUCCAUUGUGUCCACUCCACUGAAGGGUUAGAAAAUUCAGUUUUCCUCCUUCAUCUGAUGAUUUUAUGGUGCUUGUGUGAGAUAUAGAGUACAUCAACAAUGUUUUAUUUGUUUGUAACAAUAAAAAUAACUUUCCUUUAUCUUA